AUGGCUAGUUCGAACCAUCGGCGUAGUCUUGUACGAAUGUUGACAGACGAAGAAAGUGGUUUUGAUUGCACUCUUUGCACUCAACCAAACAUUGCCGAUAAGUGGAUGGUACAGUGUGAUGCAUGUGGAAGCUGGAUCCACUUCUCGUGUGCUGGUGUGGACGAAAGGGUGAAAAACGACACCUUCAUCUGUGCAAAGUGCAUAGCACCACCCCCGCCACCGAGAUCGAGAUCGUCAAGGUCAACGUCGUCCAGUGUACGUGCUGCCAGACAGGAGUUAGAGCUGAAACGUUUAGCGGAGGAAAAAGCACUACACGAAAGAUUGCUGAAGGAACAACAGGAAGAAGAAGAAGCCUUACAUAAGAAAGCAUUGGAACAGGAGCAGGAACGGAGGAAAAAGGCGAUGAAAGAAAAACUCGAGCUGGAGAGGCAAUUCAUUGAGAAGAAGUUUGAGAUACUGCAAGCAGGAUUGGAUGAGGACGAUGAUGAUCGCAGUAUGCGGAGUCACCGAAGUGUCCGAAGCAUACGAAGCACAGUUCAGAGUUGGGUCGAGCAACAAGGAAGUAAUACUACGGUCACUGGUAAAGAAACUGAGCGAGUUUUAGCCGGUCCCGCGUUAUACACUGGCGCCAUCCCUAAACGAACGUCUGCUACGAGUCGUGAUGAAACAAUCUCUUCCAGUAUUAACAUCGGUGCUGCGACCUGCAAGCCUCCAAUUCUGGCGAGUACUACAUCUCCACGACCGGAUUUGGAUUUAUCAGCACUGCAGUUUUCGCCCCCAACAUCAAAGCAGCAGGAACCUUUAUCGUCAGUGAACAUGUUUAUUUCUCCUCCUCCGGUGUGUAACCAGCCCGUAGACAAUAAUUCAAAUUGUCCUCAGCUAUUUGAGGAUGGUCAACAAGUCGAGCGGCAUCGACCCUUUAACUGUACCGUCAGUGCUAACAAGCAUAUAUUAUUGGCUAGUAAUAAGACACCAGCUUCAGGUACGUCCGUAAGCACAUUAGCGUUUCUCGAUGAUGGAUCCUCAUACACACUGGUGGAACAAGGACUCGCAGACGAGCUCGGUAUAACGGGUCAGGUAGAGCCACUUUGCCUGCAAUGGACAAGCGGGGUAACACGAACGGAGGUGGAUUCACGUUUGGUGCAGAUGGAAAUAUCUGGCGGUAAUAGUGAUCGAACACAUAUCAUGGAUGAAGUGCGAACUGUGGAGAAACUGGAUCUACCACCUCAAUCCCUACGAUAUCCAGAAUUAGCUCAGAAAUACGAGUAUUUGAAAGGCCUUCCGAUCGCCAGCUACGAAAGUGCAGUUCCUCGUAUUCUAAUUGGCGUAGAUAAUACUCACCUAUUAGUCACGCUAAAGAAAAAAGAGGGUAAGAAGCUUGAACCCGUUGCAGCUAAAACAAGGCUUGGCUGGACAAUUUACGGAAACGUGGAUGAAUUUGAAGGAUCACCGCAUCGCCAUCUGCAUAUUUGUGACCGGUCAUCUGAUGAUGAUCUUCAUGACAAGGUCAAGGAGUUCUUUUUGGUAGAAAGCGUCGGAGUCGCAGUUUCUCCACAAUUAGAAGCCGAAGAUGAUCGGCGUGCCCGAGAAAUUAUGGAAAAUACUACUACCCGCACAGCAUCUGGGAAAUUUCAGACUGGUCUACUUUGGAGAUUCGAUUAUUUUGAAUUUCCUGACAGUCGAUCCAUGGCAAUACAUCGUUUCAAAUGUUUGGAGCGGAGGUUAAGCAAGAAUCCAGAUUUGUAUGAUAACGUGAGGCAACUUAUUCUCGACUAUCAAAACAAAGGAUACGCACAUAAGCUGACUAAAGAGGAGUCAAUGGAUAGUGAUCCACGCCGGGUGUGGUAUCUUCCUCUAGGGAUUGUGCUGAAUCCUAACAAACCAGGAAAGCUUCGUGUCAUAUGGGAUGCUGCGGCUAAGGUUGAAAACAUUUCACUCAAUUCUAUGUUAAUGAAAGGUCCCGAUUUGACAACCUCGCUUAUCACAGUGUUGCAACGUUUUCGACAGCGACAAUUUGCCAUUGCAGCAGACAUCAAAGAGAUGUUUCACCAGAUCGAAAUCCGUCCACAAGAUCGACAAGCCCAGCGAUUCUUGUGGCGAAACGAACCAAGUGAACCAUUUGAAGAGUUCGUCAUGGAUGUGGCAACAUUUGGGUCAACAUGCUCACCAUCGUCAGCCCAAUAUAUAAAAAACAAAAACGCAUAUGAGUGGAGGAAUCGGUUUCCAGAGGCUGCAGUAGCCAUCGUAGAAAACCAUUAUGUGGACGAUUACUUGGACAGCCUAGAUUCUGAGGACGAAGCAAUUAAAAUAGCUCUUGAUGUGAAAAAUGUGCAUGCACGUGCAGGAUUCGAAAUUAGAAAUUGGUUAUCAAACUCUGAACGUGUUAUUAGGCGGGUCGGGGACCCUAGUCAGCAGAUUACGAAAAAUUUCUCCGUUGGCAAAGACCAGCAUGCUGAAAGAAUUCUGGGAAUGAAGUGGACACCGCAGGAAGAUAUAUUCACCUUUGCUCUGAAUUUUCGAGGUGACAUCCAGCCGUUUAUCGACGGCACAAGCAUUCCCACAAAACGUCAAGUGCUACGAGUCGUAAUGAGCAUAUUUGACCCGCUGGGAUUAGCAGCAGUUUUCGUGAUCCAUGGAAAGUGUUUGAUUCAAGAAAUAUGGCGGGCCAGCAUCGGAUGGGACGACUUGAUACCAGAGGAGCUUCGUGAAACUUGGCGACGAUGGCUGCAGGCUCUUCAUCAGUUACCUGAACUUAAAUUUCCACGCUGCUAUUUCUCAAAUUAUUCCCCGGAAAGUUUGAAGAGUUUGCAGCUCCAUAUUUUUGUGGAUGCAAGCGAAGCGGCGUACUCCUGUGUAGCCUACUUCCGUAUUGUAGACAGGGGACAUAUUAGAUGUGUACUUGUGUCGGCGAGGACUAAAGUAGCACCAUUAAAACCAAUGUCCAUUCCUCGAUUGGAGUUGCAGGCGGCGGUUAUUGGCACAAGGUUGAUGAAGUCUAUACAGCAAAGCCACACAUUAACUAUUGACCGGCGGACAAUUUGGAGUGAUUCGAGGACUGUACUGUCAUGGAUUCAGUCGGACCAGAGGAAGUAUCGCCAAUUCGUUGCCUUUCGAGUGGGCGAAAUUCUGGAAGAAACAAAGUUGGAUGAAUGGAGAUGGGUCCCAACUCGUCUCAACGUCGCUGAUGAAGCGACAAAAUGGGGAAACGGACCUAACCUACGCGAAGAUAGUAGAUGGUUUAGAGGACCUGAGUUUCUAUACCUAGAGGAAUCACAAUGGCCGACACACGGGCUACCUGCUGCUGAUACAGGAGAAGAACAACGUGGAGUACACGCUCAUCAUCGAAAUGCGACUGAAACCGUUAUUGACUUCGAAAGAUUCUCUAAUCUCCAGCGUCUGAUAAGAACCGUUGGCUACGUUCGUCGUUUCGCUGCUGUGUUGCGCAAGACAUUUGUUGCGGAAAUUGCUGCAUCCCCAGUGCUAUCUCGACAGGAAUUGCAGGAGGCGGAGUUCACCUUAUGGCGAUGGAUUCAAGCAGAAGCAUACUUCGGAGAAUUACUUAUACUUGUAAAAAAUCGAGAACUCCAACCACAUCAAAGAAAAAAAUUUGAUAAAGCCAGCCCUCUACGGAAGUUGUCACUAUUCAUCGACAAUGUUGGUGUGAUCCGACUUGACGGGCGACUGCGAAACGCUCCGCAUGCAUCGUAUGCCACAAAGUUCCCGGUGGUUUUACCAAAAAAUCAUUAUGGCACCAGGCUAUUAGUUCUAUGGUAUCAUCAGCGGUUUGCACAUGGGAAUAGCCAGACAGUUAUCAACGAAAUCCGCCAAAAGUUUCAUAUCGCCAGUCUAAGAGUCGUCGUUCGUAUAAUUGCGAAACAGUGCAAGUGGUGCGCGGUUUACAAGGCCAUCCCAAGGUUUCCAAAAAUGGCACCACUCCCAGAGGCGCGAGUGACUCCAUACGUUCGUGCUUUCACAUUUAUUGGUAUAGACUAUUGUGGUCCAUUUUCCUUGCGCGUUAGAAGAUACGAAGUGAAGAAAUGGAUAAUGCUUGUUACGUGCCUUACGGUACGAGCAGUCCACCUAGAAGUGGUCGGCAGCUUAUCAACCGAAGCGUGUAAAAUGGCUAUUAGGAGAUUUAUAGCGAGAAGAGGAGCCCCCCAGGAAAUAUAUAGUGACCAGGGCACCAACUUCAUAGGGGCGAGUCGUGAACUACGAGACCAGAUUGCCAGCAUCAACAGAGAAAUUUCCGGAACGUUCACCAACGCUGACACGCAGUGGCACUUCAACCCUCCAGCUACUCCUCAUAUGGGUGGGGCAUGGGAGCGCCUUGUGAGGUCGGUGAAAACAGCGUUGCGGACCAUUUCAUCGGAAAGAAAACCGGACGAGGAAACAUUUUAUACGUAUUUAACAGAAGUGGAAUCCAUCAUUAACUCCCGUCCAUUAACAUAUGUUCCGCUGGAAUAUGAAGACACUGAAGCGCUCACACCUAAUCACUUUCUGUUACUGAGCUCUAGUGGGGUGGUACAGCCAGCUCAGCUUCCGGUGGACAGUGGUGUAGCAGUUAGAAGCAAUUGGGACCAAAUCCAACAUCUGCUGGACCUAUUCUGGACAAAGUGGAUCAAGGAGUAUAUGCCUGUCAUCAGCUGCCGUUCAAAAUGGUUGUUGGAAACAGAGCCUGUGAAGCCCGGAGACCUGGUGAUGAUAGUGGACCCUGGUACACGCAACAGUUGGAAACGGGGAAGGAUUGUUAGGAUCCACAAGGGGAAAGAUGGCGUUGUUCGUCGAGCAGAUGUGCAAACGAAUAACGGAAUGCUACAGAGAUCGGUUACUGGACUAGCCGUGCUUGAGGUGAUGAAUAGAUGUACAGCUGCAGAGAACGUCGAGCAAUACGGGUCGGGGCAUGUUGGUGAAACCGAUCACCCUAGCAACACUGACGAUUGUCAGUUAACCGAUAAGAUUCAACUGACAGCAGACAGACCGCGCCCUAUCGGUGCCCCAUUGCCAGGCCGGCGUUUCAUCGGUCGUCCGGCAUCCCGUCCGGCCGACGCCCCAUCGCUCGUCCGUCAUUCCUUCCGGCCGACGCUCCAUCGUUCUUCCGGCAUUCCACCCUGCCGACGCUUCAUCCCUCCGACGGCAUUUCAUCACUUUGCCGUCAGUCGAUCGCCCGGUCAGCCAUCUAUCGUCCUGUCGCCACUCCAAAGUUUCAUCACACUGUACCAAAAUCGUGAGUAA